CGGAAAUUGCGCUCUCAUUGCUCGCUGUUUCAAAUUGCUGCUGGUCCUUGAGGAUCUUUGACGUCCUCUUCCCCGCGGGCUCGGUGUGAGAGCGGCCGUAAGAUUUAUCAACAGGCUAAUUUCCUCACUGCCAAAAUGGCAUCACUUUCUACCUCCGCCCAGUGUUCAACGCCUGACAGUGCUUGCAGGAACUCUCCAAGACAAAUCAAGCAGGUACGACCAAAACUGCCACUUCUGAAGAUUUUGCAGGCAGCAGGUGCACAAGGUGAAAUCUUCACUGUUACCGAGGUCAUGCACUAUCUAGGCCAGUAUAUAACAAUGAAGCAGCUGUAUGAUCCACGGGAGCAGCAUAUGGUAUAUUGUGGUGGAGAUCUUUUGGGAGAACUCCUAGGAUGUCAGAGCUUCUCUGUGAAAGAUCCAAGCCCUCUCUAUGCCAUGCUAAGAAGGAAUCUUGUUGCUUUAACCACUGCUACUGCAGAUGCUGCUCAGACUCUCGCUAUCGCACAGGAUCAAAAUCUGGAUAUUCCAAGUCAAGACCAACUGAAGCAAAGUGCAGAGGAAAGUUCCAGUUCCAGGAAAGGUACUGAAGAAGGCAAUAUUCCCACACUGGCUACCUUACAGUACAAAUGCACAAAUUCUAGAGAAAAUGAAGACUUGAUAGACAAUUUAACCCAAGAUGAGACAUCUAGGCUGGACCUCGGGCUUGAGGAGUGGGAUGUAGCCGGCCUGCCUUGGUGGUUUUUAGGAAAUUUGAGAAACAAUUAUACACCUAGAAGUAAUGCCUCAACUGAUUUACAGACAAAUCGGGAUGUAGGUACUGCCAUUGUUUCAGAUACGACAGAUGACGUGUGGUUUUUGAAUGAGUCAGUAUCAGAGCAGUUUGGUGUUGGAAUAAAAGUUGAAGCUGCUGAUACUGAACAAACAAGUGAAGAAGUAGGGAAAGUGAGAGACAAAAUGGUGAUUGAAGCAGGAAACAGUGAUGACCUUGAGGACUCUCAGUCCAUAUGUGAUGAUACUGAUGUAGAGGUUGCCUCGGAGGAUGAAUGGCAGUGUACUGAGUGCAAGAAAUUUAACUCUCCAAGCAAGAGGUACUGUUUUCGGUGCUGGGCCUUGAGGAAGGACUGGUAUUCAGAUUGUUCUAAGUUAACCCACUCUCUAUCCACGUCUGACAUCACUGCCAUACCCGAAGAGAAGGAAAAUGAAGGAAUCGAUGUCCCUGAUUGUCGAAGAACCAUAUCAGCCCCUGUUGUUAUACCUAAAGAUGGAUAUAGAAAAGAAGAAAACCCCAGACUCUUUGAUUCCUGCACUUCAGUGGAAUUCUUGGAUUUGGCUCAUAGAUCUGAAAGCCAAGAGACCAUAUCAAGCAUUGGAGAACAAUCAGCUGAUCUUUUUAAACAGAGAACAGCUGUAGGAAACAUGGAGGAUUGCCGGAAUCUUUUGAAGCCAUGUAGUCUGUGUGAGAAAAGACCACGAGACGGGAACAUUAUUCAUGGAAGGACGAGCCAUCUUGUUACUUGUUUUCACUGUGCCAGAAGAUUAAAGAAGGCUGGGGCUUCAUGCCCCAUUUGCAAGAAAGAGAUCCAGUUGGUUAUUAGGGUUUUUAUAGCUUAGCUGAAUCAAUGAAUUACAAAAAUAUUAAGAGCCUGACCAUGUAGCAAUGUCAGUACUGAGCAUUUCCACUCAGUGUGACCCAUUGUAUCAUUCAGGUAUACAGUCUAGUGGUUAAAUACAUAACUUAACAAAGUGAUCCCCACAGAAGUCUAGUACCCACCUGACACCAUACAUACUUAUUACAAUAUGGCUGACUGUAUUCCUUAUGCUGUACUUUACAUCCUGUUAGGGAAUGUUCUUAGAUAUCAAAGUCCAGGUGGCUAUUGAAAAUACUAAAGCUAACAGUGAAAAACACAUAAUUUGAUAAGUUAUGUUGGCAAUCAGGCUGCACGGUGCAUAGAAGCCAAAGUCUUAAGGAGGUUUUUUCCAUGUGUGUCUAGAAUGAUGCUGUCAAAAUUUUUUUGCUAAGAGACCACUAUUUUAUGUACUUAGAGUACAUAAAAUCUUUUGCACACGUUAAAAAUGAUAGUAUAAUUAGCAAACAAUAGUGUUCCCUUCUGUAGACAUCUGAGUAACUACACAAAAGAAGCUCUAGAAGAACAUUUCUGUCACCUCAGUAUUCUCUUGUGCCCCUUUCCGGGCAGACCUCCAUUUCAUGGCGCUUGCCCUAGAUUAGUUUUCCUUCUUGCACAUGUUUACUUUGAUACCUAAAUUUUAAGAAUAAAUUUAAGUACUUACAAUGAGUAUACUAUCCAAUACAUUGUAUAUAUGCUUUAAAGAUACUUUUAGUCAAAGAUUUGGAGCUGCAGAUUAAGCUCAUUGCAUUUUUUAAAAGUAUAUUUUAUUGAUUUUUACAGUUGUCCAUUUUUUUCUCCCCUUUCUCCCCCGCCACCCCCUCAUUACCAUACCCCCCCUUAGUUCCUGUCCAUGGACUGUACAUAUAGGUUCUUUGGCUUCUCCAUUUCCUAUACUAUUCUUAACUUCCCCGUCUAUUUUGUGCCUACCAAUUAUGCUUCUUAUUCCCUCUACCUUUUCCCCCAUUCUCCGCUCACUCCUUCCCUACUGAUAACCCUCCACGUGAUCUCCCAUUUCUGUGAUUCUGUCCCUGUUCUAGUUGCUUGGUUUGUUUUUUUGUUUUUUUAGGUUCAGUUAUUGAUAGUUGUGAGUUUGGUAUUAUUGUACUGUUUAUAGUUUUCAUCAUCUUUUUCUUAGAUAAGCCCCUUUAACAUUUCAUAUAAUAAGGGCUUGAUGAUGAUGAACUCCUUUAACUCUGUCUUGUCUGGGAAGCACUUUAUCUGCCCUUCCAUGCUAAAUGAUAGCUUUGCUGGGUAGAGUAAUCUUGGAUGUAGGCCCUUGCCUUUUAUGACUUUGAAUACUUCUU